CAUGAGUGUGCAACAGUCCUCGGAAUUAACCUCCCAGCACCUCGUGGUGACGAGUCUGAGGGAGACUUUCUCCGUAGAUUACAAGCUCAUUCAUCAGCAAAAGACAAAAUUAUGAAGACAACGACCGUGGCAUUGCGUCACAGGGGGAUUCUGAAAAUGAGGAAGCACCCAUUAUACAGGAAAACGAAGAAAAUGGGGAAACUGCAAUUUUACAAACAAAUAAAGAAAACGUCGAAUUAGGCGACGAAAUCCUCGAAGCCUUGGGCGACGACCCCGAAAAAUGCCUUAGGGCAAAGGUGGUCAUCCACCCUACCUUAAUGAAGAGGUAGAUGGCUAUCAAAGAAAAAGGCCUCGACCAAGAGCUCGCAGAACAAUUUUUGAAAAAGUACCCGGAGUCCGGCAUAUUGGAAACACCAGCCUACAAUACAGAAAUUAAAUUUACCCUCUCUGAAUCGGGACAAAAGAGAGAUGAAUAUUUCAUGGAAUACCAGAAAAGACUGACUUCCGUGGUAGUCGCCUUAGGUACCGCACUCUCCACCGUGUUGAAUAACCCCACGGGUGAUUUCGAUGUGCGGGAAGUCAUCGAGCCGUUUAGUGACGCCGGGAGGUUAAUGGUGGGACUACAUCACCAACUUACGGAAGCCAGGAUUGCGUUUAUUCAACCAGGCCUUACCAAACCCGUCAAGAAUGUCAUCAAAGAGAAUAAAACUGGGAAAUUCCUAUUUGGCGAGAAACUGUCCGAGCAGUUCAAAGAGGUCAGGUCGAUGGAAAAGAUGGCCCAACCUCUGAGGAAGCCCCCUAUGAAUAAGUUCAAGACAUACAAGUGGCCUGCGAGACAGAUGAAUUUAAACUGCCAAAGCCAAUGCCAAAAAGGCAACAACUAGCACUCGCAAUCGAGAGGACAAGCGAGACUACAACCAUCGAGAGGAGGGUACUCGAACCGAGUUUACUAUCACGAACUUCAACCCUACUAGAGUCAAACCAAGAGGGGAACUCCCAACAAGAAGUAUUAAAUGACAGAACAUACCCUGAGAGCGCGUCUUUCUCUAAUAUCAGGGAUCGUCUCAGGACGGCAUUUAGACUGAAAGGUAACCCGGUGGAAUCAUUAGAUUUGAUGAUUACAUCACUAGCCAGCUCAACGUUGAAACAAUAUGAAGUAGGCUUUAAAACAAUGGUGAGGCUUCUGUCAAAAGAAGGGAACCGACCCUUACGACGUAAGUUACAAAAUCCUUAUGGAUUUUCUUUGCGAAAAGUUCAGAGAAGGAUCAUCGUACAGCUCAGUAAACUCGUUUCGAUCAGCCAUCUCACUCAUUUCAACAGGUAUAUAUCGCAGUGACCAAAGAAGUGCGUAAUACAGAUAGUUUAUUCCUAAGUGUACGACGUCCUCAUAACGCAGUUGGGGCCCAAACUUUAAGCAAAUGGUUAAAAUCAGUACUGGUUCAAUGUAACAUAGACAGCAAUAUUUUUUCUUCGUAUUCGACGAGACAAGCGGCAACGUCUGCAGCUUACAGAGAAGGUCUAGAUAUUGCGUCUAUUUGUAAGGCAGUAUCUUGGUCAGGAAGGUCUCAAACUUUUGCGAAACAUUAUAAUAGGCCAUUGAAACCAGCUAUUAAUGCAUUCGCCAACGCGGUUUUAAAUAAUUAAAAUAAAUAAAAUAAUUCGUUCCUAUUAUGUAAUAAGAAAGAAGAAGGAUGUCGAUUUUGAAUAAAAUAGUAUUUUUGUUCGCUGAAAUUUCUGGUGACUCUAAACAUCUACAAGUUAUAAUCUCGAGAACGAGGUUCUUCGUAUAAUUACGAU